UGGGAUGUUGCGUAGAACUCCACUGGAGUCCAACCGUGGCAAACUGAGCUGAUUUAUUGGACAUGCUUGUAGUUCAGAAAAGGCGGCAGGUCCUUCAGUUCACGCGUGCAUGUCAGGACGAGUCAGAGGAAUGCUCUGUGAGACAACUGUGGCAAAGUAAUACAUCAGGUGCAGGGCGUAAAGCCCGCGUGUACAGUUCUGUGGUGUCCCCGUGGCGUUGUCUCCCCAACAGAUCCAAGAUGACUGACGUGAGGCAUUGGCUGUGGGGAGAGGAGUCCGGCCUGGGCAGCGUGGACUUGUGGGUCCUCCAGUCCCCCUCGGUCCGGGUGGAGAUCCUCACCCUGGGUGCAAUCAUCAGGUCUGUGUGCAGCAGAGGGAAAGAUGGUCAGAUGGGAGACAUCGUCUUGGGCUACGACGACCUGGAAGGUUACAUGUCAGAUAAGCGCUACCUGGGCGCUGUAGUGGGACGUGUGGCCAACAGGAUUGCAGCGGGACGCUUUGAAGUGGAUGGAAAAGAGUACAAGCUGGAUAUCAACAAUGGGCCCAAUGCACUGCACGGAGGGCUGCGGGGCUUCGACAAGGCAAUCUGGCUCGCUACAGCAGUGGAGGGUGGCGUGCAGCUGAGUCUUACCAGUCCAGAUGGAGACCAGGGUUAUCCUGGUGAGGUUCAGGUCUCUGUCACCUACACCCUGAAGGGGGAAACACUAACUGCUGCAUACCAAGCCAGUUCUACCAAAACCACCCCCAUCAACCUCACCAACCACUCCUACUUCAACCUGGCUGGACAGGGUGUGUGUGGGCAGGGUGCAGCAGAUAUCUACGACCAUCAAGUGUCCAUCAGUGCUCAGUCCUACCUGCCCGUGGACGACACAUCGAUUCCUACAGGAGAGGUCAGAUCAGUGGAGGGCACGCCCUUUGACCUCAGGGAGCCUGUUCUAAUCGGCCCUCGGCUGAAGGAGGUUCCAGGUCCAGGGUUUGACCACAACUUCUGUCUUUCAUCUCCCGGAGAACCCUACGCAGAGAGACAUGCUGCCAGGGUGUGUCACCCGCCCACUGGCCGUGUCCUGGAGGUAUCUACCAGCCAGCCAGGAGUUCAGCUCUACACUGCCAACUUCCUGGAUGGCUCGAUGACAGGAAAGGGCGGGGCCAGGUAUGGGAAGCACAGCUCCUUCUGUCUGGAGACGCAGAAUUGGCCUGAUGCUGUCAACCAGGCUUCAUUUCCUGACUGCCUCCUGCGUCCCGGUGAGGAGUACAGACAUGUCACUCACUUCACCUUCACCAUUGUCUGCUCUGACGUCUCCCAACGGGGGGAAGAGAAGGAGGAGGAGAAGGAGGAGAACUUGAAGUCUGUUCAUUCAUUGUACAAAACACAGCAGCUUUUUCAGUCCACAUUUAUUUCCUGACUGUGUAACUGUAAUUCCUUGCUAAUUCUUUUUUUUUAAAUGUGAAGAACUUAUCUUCCCUAUCCGGCUGAAUAUUGACAUGUGUGGUGUGGGCCAGUGACAGGAUGUUGACUAACCCUGUUUGCCGUAAUGUUAUUUGUUAUUUGAUAAUUAGUAUUAAAGAGCUUACUCACUCAA